CUUCUUUGCACCUCGGUGCACAUCACCGUCCAUUGAAGCGUUGCGCAAAGAUGUACUCCGAUCAAGAAAUCCUUUCGUUUGAUGCGCUUAGCUCCCGAGAAAUGUGAAUUUCCACGUCGGUGUAGGUCCCCAAAAGAAUUUGCUCUGCUUUGUUGCGUGACAGCGCACCCCCCUUUUCAGCCCACAGAAUCGCUGCUAUCCGCUCAGCUAUAUGAAGAGGUACCUCGACGCACACAUUGCCAAAGCAAUGUGUCUACCACUUUCCUUGCUUCUCACUCAUUUGCUAAUCCGUGAAAGUGCGAAUGUCCUCGUACCGCGAUGUGCAAGGUUACACUUUGACGCAUUGCGUCUCGGUUUCCUUGCUGAUUGUCCAGGUGCACACCUUGGCUGCUGUCUUGACACGUCGCACUCACAAGCCUCUCACACACGCAGCAGCACCUCGAAAGUUUAUAAAAAGCGCCAUCUUUGCGCAUCACCCGAUCGCGCAUUCCUCCUCAUCCUCAUCCAUCGCUUCGACACGAUCCUCGCACCUCGUUCUCCACACUUUCAAGGUGAGCGGCGCAGCGAGCCAAGCAGGCCACCAACGCGCGCAACCCUGAGCUGACACUCCAUAACAUUCUCGAUCCUCACCUAGUUGAAAUGCGCUCUGUCCUUCGGGCUUUCGUGGUCGUGUGC